GUUUAUCUGUCAUCUUUGUUCGCUCUCUUUUUUUUUAAAAAAAUACUUCCAUUAUUCAACUUUAUAUAUGUAUAUAUGUUGUUAAAAAAAUAAAUUUUCAUUUUUGAAAAAUUUGAUUUAUAUUUUCUCCAUUAAUUAAAUAUAUUCAAAUUAUCGAAUAAUGGGAGUAUUUAAAACAGCUACAAGAACAGCAGUGACAGAAUGGAUUGAACGCAUGACAUCGGAAAAAUAUAAGGAAGACGAUUUUGCUGAUAUAUUUGAAUUAUGUGAAGUUAUUAAUAUACAGGCAACAGGACCAAAAGAAGCUAGUAAAGCAUUAAAACAUGCUUUGAAAUAUGGAAAUAUUCAUUCACAAAUUCGAGCAAUAACGAUUUUAAAAUCCUUAACGGAAAAUUGUGGUGAUAAAUUCGUUGCUCAAAUUGCUACUUAUAAAUUUACUGAAAGGCUUAGAAAUAUGGCAAUAUCUCCGUAUACUGAUCCUAGAGUCCAUAAAAGAUUAUUAUUGUUGUUUGCAGAAUGGUCAACAGAAUUCAAGAAUAAACCAGGAUAUGAAACAUUAGCAAACUUACAUAACGGAACAACACAUAGAACUAGCAUUAGUAAUGUUGGGCUUGCAGCUAGUACAAAAGGGCCAGGAUCAAAAUCAACAUCUUCGUCAAAUUCAUCAUCAUCUUCCAGUGUUACUAAUAAAGAAAAAGACAAAGAAAAAAGUAAAAGUGGAACAUCUGGUGUACGAUCUAAAAAGGGACAACAAUCUGAAACGCGACCUGUGACUUAUUCUCCAGAAAAAAUUAACGAAACUAUAGGGUUGGCAACACAAAAUGCUACAAAUCUUGUUAACGCGCUUACUUUAUUAAGUCCUGGUUCUGAUUUAACAAAAGAUACAGAGUUACAAGAAUUAGUCCAUAAAUGCAAAUCAUCAUCUGAAAUAUUAAUGAAAAUGAUUCCUACGGCAGUAACAGAUAAAAGUCGAAUUGGACCACUUUUACAAUCAAAUGAUCAAGUUACAGAUGCUUUAGCUUUAUAUUCAGAAUUUAAUAGUAGCGAUAAUGAAGUAAAUAAUGUUACUUCUGGUAUUAAAAACAUUAAAUUACAAAAGCAAAAAGAAAUCGAUGAUGAUAUAUCUGGGCUUGGUUUAAAUAAAAAGAAAAAUCAAGCUGAAGAGGCUGCAAAGAUUCAUAAAGAUUUCGGAGAUCUAAUUGAUUUUGAUGCCUUUUCUUCAAAAACAAAUUCAAAUACAUCCGAUAAUUAUGAUAGUAAUUCAACAUAUACGGACCCUUUUGCAGACCCUUUUGCGGAUCCGGUAACAACUGAACCCACUGAACCUGUUGUUAAUAAACCAAAAAGAAGAUUAGAAUGGACUGAAGUUUAACAUGAGAAAAUUAUCAUGAAGAGUUUCUUUUUCUCCUCAAUUUCAUUAUCAUUAUAUAUAUACAUAAUUUUUCUUGUAUAUUAUUUUUAACAUAUUAGUUUAGUUUAUUUUUGUGCUUAUUUUAAGCUUUAUUGAACUUUAUGUACAGUACUUUGAAAGAAUAAAUUUAUAUUGAUUUAUGCAGAUUG